AUUGGCUGACGCUCUGUGGAGUCCACAGUGUUCUAGCAUCGCUCUAUGGCGUCCAUAACACUGAACGUAGCGUUCCCAAGUCCCACAAGCUACAGAAAAAAGGCCUUUGAUAGUUGAACAGCGUGUUUUGAGUUGUUUAAUAAAGCUCUGAAUAUGGAGAACACUGUGUACGAACAGCUUCAUACCACACGUCCGUCUCGUUACGCAUAAUUUAUGGGUUUGCUGGGUCGUGAGGAAGAGUAAAGAGAAUCUUGAGGACUCCAGCUUGAUCGAUGCACAAACUGGAUAAUCAAAUCGCGUGUACUCCUCCUCGCUAACCGUACGGAAUUAGAGGAUGGCUGGAAUCGGGAACGGUUCAACAUCUGGGAUGGGUGACAUCAUCCAGCUGAAUGUCGGAGGAACGAGAUUUAGCACAUCAAGGCAGACUCUGACAUGGAUUCCUGACUCUUUCUUCUCAAGUUUACUUAGUGGAAGAAUAUCAACACUACGGGAUGAAACUGGAGCUAUCUUUAUUGACAGAGACCCAACAGCAUUUGCACCCAUAUUAAACUUUCUUCGAACUAAAGAAUUGGACUUGAGGGGGGUUAACAUAAGUGUCCUGCGACAUGAAGCCGAGUUCUAUGGUAUUACACCCUUAGUCCGACGCUUACUGCUUUGCGAAGAACUGGAGCGAUCGUCGUGUGGAAGCGUGUUGUUUCACGGCUACCUCCCUCCACCAGCUCUCCCAGCGCGGAGCAGUGCCGGUGGGCAGGCGGCAGCUGUUGCAGGUCCAGAGGAGCGCUCAGGCCCCAGUGGUGCAGAGGGAGGUUACUCUCGUUCCUGCCCUCAGUCUUCUCUCCCUGGACCCUCUGGGGCAGAUGGACCUCAAAGACUGGGAUCACCAGUGGACCCUAGGAAGGUGCUGAUUGUCGCUGGCCAUCAUAACUGGAUUGUAGCUGCCUACGCACAUUUUGUCAUUUGCUACAGGAUAAAGGAAUCUUCUGGCUGGCAGCAGGUGUUUUCCAGCCCUUACCUGGACUGGGCCAUAGAGCGGGUGGCCCUCAAUGCAAAAGUUGUAGGCGGCCCCCAUGGAGAUAAAGACAAGAUGGUGGCAGCGUCAUCAGAGAGCAGCAUUAUAUUGUGGAGCAUCCAGGAUGGAGGGAGCGGAAGUGAAAUAGGUGUGUUCAGUCUUGGAGUACCUGUAGACUCUCUGUUCUUCAUUGGGAGUCAGCUGGUUGCUACCAGUCACACAGGGAAAGUAGGAGUGUGGAACGCCGUCACCCAACACUGGCAGGUGCAGGAUGUGGUGCCCAUCACAAGCUGUGACACUGCUGGCUCCUUCCUCUUGCUGGGCUGUAACAACGGCUCAAUUUACUAUAUUGACAUGCAGAAGUUUCCACUGAGAAUGAAGGACAAUGACUUGUUGGUGACAGAGCUGUACCACGACCCAUCGAAUGAUGCCAUCACAGCCCUCAGUGUCUACCUGACGCCUAAAACCAGUGUGAGUGGAAACUGGAUUGAGAUAGCGUAUGGAACCAGUUCAGGGGCUGUGCGUGUCAUCGUGCAGCAUCCAGAAACAGUUGGAUCUGGUCCACAGCUCUUCCAGACCUUCACUGUCCACCGCAGCCCCGUCACUAAGAUCAUGCUCUCAGAAAAGCACUUAGUCUCAGUGUGUGCUGACAAUAAUCACGUACGCACAUGGACGGUGACGCGCUUCAGAGGCAUGAUCUCCACACAGCCAGGAUCUACUCCACUGGCCUCUUUCAAGAUCAUCUCACUGGAGGAGACAGAAAGCCACAGCAGCUAUUCCUCUGGCAAUGACAUCGGUCCAUUUGGAGAGAGAGACGACCAGCAGGUGUUCAUUCAGAAAGUCAUUCCAAUUACCAACAAACUCUUUGUUCGCCUCUCCUCUACAGGAAAAAGGAUCUGUGAGGUCCAGGCUGUCGAUGGCACCACCAUCACGUGUUUCACAGUGCGAGAGUGUGAAGGCUCGAGCCGGAUGGGAUCCAGACCACGCCGUUACCUCUUCACUGGCCAUGCAAACGGAAGCAUUCAGAUGUGGGACCUCACCACAGCUAUGGACACAGUCAACAAGAGCGAUGACAAAGCCAAGCGGGAACCAGAGGUGGGAGGUCCAACUGAGGAGGAGCUUCUGAAGCUGCUUGACCAAUGUGAUUUGAGCACAUCCCGUUGUGCCACGCCCAACAUCAGCCCUGCCCCUUCUGUGCUGCAGCACAGCCGGCUGCGAGAGUCCUGCUCCAGUCUCCAGCUGCAGGCUCAGGAGCCCAUACCUGAGACGGCCACUUAUGGAGCUUUACGGCCAUACCGAGAAAGCCCCUUGCUGGCCCGUGCUCGACGCACAGAGAGCUUCCACAGCUACCGCGACUUCCACAGCUUAAACCUGACCAAGGCCCUGCUGGAAAACCACGGACAGUGCGGAUCCUCUGAGGACGAGAUGCGCCAAUCAGUGGGAGAGAGCAACGCUGAGGACCCCGACAAAAGAAACUCUACCCUGGAUCUUUGGGCAUCCAGAUCAUCCGAAACCCAGUCUGCAGUCGCACGCAAACCCCCAGACAGCCCCGGAGACCAACGGCGAAGGGCCAAUUUGAUGGAAGAAGGGGCUGCAGACUCCAGACCGGAUGGGGGCAGGAGGAGAGGGGCAUUUGAAGCAAAUUUUCUCAGCAGGAAAAAGGCUCCUCCGGUUCCACAGUUGAGCCCCCCACCAGCAGGAGCCGAUGGAGGGGGCAGUGACUCAUCCAGCACCGCCUCACCCUCGCCAACUAAAGUUUCCACGUCCCCACGCCAUCGCAAGGCUCCUGACACAGCAUCUGAGUGAUGGUUUACACAGGUUUGUCAUACGCAGCGGUCGUACCAAAUACAAUAAUCAACGACAGGGAAAAGUAAGUAGUUGAAUGGAUGAUGAAAUAGUCAAAAGUGAAGUGUUUCAGAAUGCAGACGUGAAGCGUUGGCAGCUAAAAAAAAAAAACCUCACUCACUGUGGAUAGAUUUAAAGGGAAAAUACAAAUGUCAGGUCAAUUUCAUGUGUGUUAACCAGUUGAAAGAAUUUAUUUAGCUUUCGUCAGACAAAUAUGGACCCAGUCCUCUCUUCGUUACUUUUUCCAAGCUUAAAAAUGAGAUUCAUUUACUUUUCAAUUCUCUGAGAAAAUUAACAAAGAGUGACUAGAUUAUUUAUUACUCAACCAGUUAGACUUUAGCUUUGUUCACCUGCGCCUUUACUGCAAUAUUUAAACGUUUUAAGUAUUUUUGGCCAUUGAAAAUAGAUUUCUUGAUUUUAACCAAUUCUCAUUUUUCCAAUAAGAUAUUGAGUCUUAAAUCCCAAGAAUCGAUAAGUCAAGCCUGUUUUCAGUUAAUGGAUGGAACAUUGUAGCACACCUCUCAUCAAAUGAAUCGCAAUAAGCUUUGUGCUUUGUUACAUUUGAUAUUUUUUAGUCUGAUUUUUAAUUUCAAUAUUCAAACAAUAAAUACUGUUUUGCCGCUGUUUAACGUGGAGUGACAGAUCACUGUAGCGCCUUGGUUCAAGAAGCAGCAUGUGAACUGAUCAUCUCCAGUUUCAGCACAAAAUAAACAUCUGAAGGUAUAUUAAAAAAAAAAAGGGUGCAACUUACCAAAAUCCAUAUCCUGUCUUGUGUAGUCGCUCAAUCAGAGUUUCAACCAUAGAAAGACAAUGCCACAAAACGUCACAUUUACCUCAGAAAAAACAUAUUCGUUGACAAUAAACUUGUUAGUCAGCUAGAAAACUGAACUCUAGGGAGGAGCAUUUUACUAAAUAUAUCAAAAAUACAAGUUGAAUCGUGAAUUGUGGUGCUUGUGAUUCAGAAUCGAAUCAAAUUGUGAAAUUUGUGUCAAAACCCAGCCCUAAUAAGUACAUGAAAAAACAUAAAAAUUGCCCAUACAGCGAACAAUAUCUAUUCAGAGCUCUAAGUAGUAGAAUUAAAUUUAACUUACUGAUAAUCUUGUUUUGCUAAUCCUUUCUGACAGCUGUGAUAUGCAUUUGCUUCAUUGUAUGGAAAAGAUCGUAUUGGACAAUGUGCUGCUUUUGUGUUCCAUAAAAAGAAAAAGAAAAAAAAAAAAAAACAGGGAUUGAAAGGCUCUUCAGAUUUUGGGUGGAUUGUUGCUUGAAUGGUUUGCUAUUCUCUUGUAAAUUAAGUUGCUUUUUUAAAAAGUAGAUUAGCAUGCUGAUGCUACUGGCCACUAACGGUACCUUCAAAACACUGUGAUGCACUUUACUGUCUGUCUUUACAUUCACCCUUUUAUAAUGAAAUACUAAAGAAACGAACUUUGAAGUUUGAAGCGCAGGUUGGACUCUACUGCUGUCAUGAAGGCUGCAGGAAUCAGAAGCCUCUGACAUCUCAAUAUGUUUCUUUCUUCAUCAAUCCUUUCAGAAGGUUUGCACUCUCUGAACUUUCAGCAUGCAUCCGCAGGGGAUUUUUACUUGCUCUAUUCAUUUUUGGGAUUUAUUCAGUGCAUUUUGCUAAUUUGGAUAGAUACUGCUGUGAGAAAUCAAAACAGAUUUAGCCUUUUCUGUCUUUCUGAUAAGAGGGUUAGUUAUGGAAGUCAGUUUCUGCCGCUGAAUGGCAGGAAAAAGGUUAUUGUGAAUUUUAUCUCACAAUUCUGACCUUUUUUUCCCUCAUAACUACGUGAUAUAAUCUCGCAAUUGGUAUAUUGUCCUGAUAUACCAUGAUAUAAAAAACUCGCAAUUCUGACUUUUUUCUCCCAAAUGCGAGUUUGUAUCUUGCAUUUUUUUUUUCUCAGAAUUGUGAUACAGUAGAAACUCACAACUGCAAGUUAAGUCCAUGUUUGAGAGAAAAAAAACUGGUAUGUUCUCACAAUUCUGACUAAAUAACUUGCAAUUGCUUUAUAAAGUCAAAAUUGUGAGUUUAUAUUUAGCAAUUCUGACUUUAUUUCUCAGAAUUGCUUGUUUGUUUUGCAAUUCUGACUUUAGAACUUGCAUCUGCAAGUUAAUAACACAAAUCUGACUUCAUUUCUCAGAACUGAAAUGUCUCAAUUCUGGCUUUAUAACUUGCAAUUGCGAGUUUAUAUCAUGCGAUUUUGAGAAAAAAAGCCAGAAUUGUGAGUUUAUAUCUCACAAUUUUGACUUUAUAGCAUGCAAUUGCGUUAAAAAGUCAGAAUUUAUAUAAACUCCCAAUUCUGAGAAAAAAAAGUCAGAAUUGUAAGUUUAUAUCUCAAAUUUCUGACACUAUUUUUCAGAAUUGUAACUUUUUGUCUCAAUUCUGGCUUUAUAACUUGCAACUGCGAGUUUAUAUCAUGCGAUUUUGAGAAAAAAAGAGAAUUGUGAGUUUAUAUCUUGAAAUUCUGACUUUAUUUCUCAGAAUUGUGACUUUUUGUCUCAAUUCUGGCUUUAUAACUUGCAACUACGAGUUUAUAUCAUGCGAUUUUGAUAUAAAAAAGCCAGAAUUGUGAUUUAUCUCUGACAAUUUUGAAUUUAUAACACGCAGUUGCGUUACAAAGUCAGAAUUGAUAUAAACUCGGGAAUUCUGAGAAAAAAAAAGCCAGAAUUGUGAGUUUAUAUCUCAAAUUUCUGACUUCAUUUCUCAGAAUUGCGAGUUUGUCUCACAAUUCUGACUUUAUAACCUGCAAUUGCCAGUUUAUAUCAUAAAAUUCUGAAAAAAAAGUUAGAAUCGUUUAUAUCUCUUAAUUCUGACUUUAUUCCCAAAAUUUCAAGUUUGUGUUUUACAGUUCUGACUUUAGAACUUUUAUGCAAGUUUAUAUCAUGCAAUUUUGAGAAAAAAUUUCAGAAUUGCGAUAGAAAUUACCUUUUUCCCGUGCUGGAAACAGGCUUCCAUAAUUGGAUUAUCACAUUAUGCAACUGAUUUAAGUGAAGCUGGUUCAGUUUAACUCGAAGAAGACAUUUGUCAAGAUGAGAAAGAAAAGAAAAGAAAAGAAAAGAAAAAGUAUGUUUUACAGACAGUUGCCAGAUUUAAAGAUAAUAUACAAUUAAAAAUAGGAAAAACAUUUUUUUACUAAUGGAUUAGCUCUGUAUUUACAAACGUAUAAUCAUACUGACUUAUGUAAAUACAAACUUUUAAAUAUAUCUAAAUUAAUCAACGUGAAUAAUUUCAUCAUAAAGUGUGUUAUCGUUUGCAUUUUCACUUCUGUUUAGAGUAUAUUGUAAAGGAUUAUUUAUAUUUGACAUGAAGCUAAUUUUGCAUUGUUGACUGACAAGCAUGAUCACUUUUUUUCCAGCCAUUCCACUUUGUGCACAGGUUAUAUCCUACAAGAAAAUGUACAGUAUAUAUCAAACGAUCAAUGAUACAUAUCCAAUAUGUAGUUUUAUGUUGCUAAGUGAGAUUAUUAUUUUAAUUGUAACUAAAUAGAAGCCUUUAACAGAGUACUUACUUUAUAUGAAGGAAAUAAGAUCUUAUUAACGCUAUGCAAUCAGUGAUAGUGCUGACAGUAGGCUACGCAGCCUGAAACUUAAUGAAUACAUGUAUAACAGAAAGUUCUUUAGACAACAGCAUAAAGCUAGAAAAAUAAAAUAAAUAAAAUACAAAUAAUUAGCCCUCGAAAGAUCUGUAUCUUUCAUCUGUCAAAAUUUUGUUGCUCAUAAAUCUUUUUAAAAUGUUCUUUGUGUAUUGAUCUUGGUAUCAAAAUGAUAUCAAACCAGAAAUUAAUAUUAAUUAAUUGCACUAAUGUUUUUUUGGUUUUUGGUCCAUCAUCUACUAUACAUAACUGUUGUGAGCAAGCGAAAAUAAAAUCUUAUUACAUGUAUUUCAUUAAGCAUUGUACUUUAAUCAGCCACUUGUAUCAUUCAUUUGCCUUCUGGGGUGUUUCAGUGUUGGGGACUAUUUAAUUGACAAAAGUAUGAUGAUUUUUCAUGCUUGCUUUCUGAAAUACAGCCACAAGCUGUUUUCAGUCUGGUUACAUGCACUACAAUUUGGUACUCAGCUUCUGUACAUUUCCAGUGGCUCAAUAAAGUAACCAAACAGA